GUCCAGUGAACCCCAGCUCGCGCUAGCGGCAACGCCAAGGCCGAGCUCUUUGCAGACAACAACUUCUCGCUUUGAAAGCCUUGUCUCUCCCAACCACCAACUCAUACUCCGCCAACCUGUAGCUGUCGUCGCGCCACAGCCCCCCAUUCGCGACCCUGCUCCCAAGACGAGAGAUCACCAAACGCAUACCGAGCUCGAGCGAUCGACACGAACAAUAUCGCGUGCGCCUCUGCGAAACCUUUAGCUCGAAAGUCAAUCCCAGGAUCCGCAUUUGCGUGACCCGCCAGAACGAAGAUGGCCAUGGAUGCUAAGGAAAUUGAGCUGCGGGGAAAGGCGAUUGGCAAGGCUAUUCAAGAGAAUGAACCCAGUGCUUCCGUCAUCAAAUUGCUGAACGACCUCAAAACUGGCGUUCACGCGACCGAGGACAUCCUACGCUCUACCCGAAUUGGUGUGACCAUCAACCGCCUGCGUACACACAAGGACCCAGCUGUCCAAAAGCUUGCGACAGAGUUGGUCUCAAAGUGGAGGGAUGAGGUCAAGAAGCAACCUAAGAAGGGCACUUCGCCUGCGCCUGCGCCUGCGCCUGCGCCUAGUCAGAGCAAGCAAAAACACAGCGUAGAUCCCGCAAAGCGGAACCAUAAGACAGACAAGGUCAACUAUGAGGUUACUGGAGAUGAUGCGCGAGACAUGUCGGUCCGCCUUAUGUACGACGGUCUGGCGCAUAUGAGCACCGAACUGCCCGAUGUCAUCCUUCCGAUCGCAAAGCAAAUUGAAGCCGCUGCCUACGCCAACGCCGGCAGCGUCAACGACGAGUACAAGGGGAAGAUGCGCUCCCUCUUCCAGAACCUGAAAGCCAAGUCCAACCCCACUCUGCGGCAGCAAGUCCUCCUCGGCCAGAUCAAACCGAAGAAAUUUGUGAUCAUGACACACGACGAGAUGAAGUCCGAAGAGCGCCGCCUAGAAGACAAGAAGAUAGACGAAGUGAACUUGAGAGAGGCCAUGGUUGCACAGGUCGAGAAGAGUAUUUCCACGGAAUUCCAGUGCGGAAAGUGCAAACAGAGGAAGGUUUCUUACAGUCAGGCGCAGACAAGGAGUGCCGACGAACCUAUGACGACAUUCUGCGAGUGCAUGAAUUGCGGUAACAGGUGGAAGUUCUCUUAGGAUUGGUCCUUGUGGCACCAGUGCGAUUGAAUGCAGGGUUGAAGAUCCGAAAAAUUUUGCAGCGGGGCGUUUCACGGGCAUGGAGAGGCGCGUUCAUCUUCAUUCGAUUACUUUCUAAUGGGUACAAUCA